AUAUUCUCAGUGCGGCCUCAGGUCCUACGUGGCGUCAUAAUGUAAACGACGCCGUUUACAUUUUGAUUGAAUUUGGCUUGACGCUGGCUUUCUCCUUCCGGACUUGUUUUACUCUCAUCUCUCGCUUCUCUCUCGUCCCCCCUCUCAUCUCUCUCUUUCCUCUCAUCUCACAGGAACCCUAACCCUAACCCUCUCAGCUCCCUCUCAUCUCUCCUUUCUCAUCAUCCCUCUCAUCCGACGCUAACCAAGACAAACCCUAACCCAGAGAACCCAUUUGAAGGCAACACGAACCCUAACCCAAAGCCGUGAAGCCACUCGUCCUCACUCUCCCCGUUUUCCUCCCAGAGAGCCGUGAACCCACUUGUCUUCCCAGAAAACCCACUCAGUCUUCUCCCCGUGCCCUCCCCCAAACCUCCACCCAAUCGUCUUCACCCCCUUGAGGCCGCGAUGAGACACGAACCCGAAAAGCACAAAUCUUCUUCGGAGAACCCAGAAUUGUGCUUCUACGAGCUGGAAGCCACAUUGAAAUGGUCAACUACUACAAAAAAUCCUAGACGGCCCUUCUUAAGGUGUUCAAAGUAUAAUACGCAGGGCUUACCAUACUGUAAGUUUUUCAAGUGGUUGGAUGGUAAUGAAGUGACUGAGUUACAAUAUAGAGAAAGAAUUGAUGAACUGUUAAAGAAAGAGAGAGAUGUCGAGAAGAUACUUGAGCUGCUCGGAAAGAGGGAGAUUGAGCUCCAUAAGAUAGUGGAUCGCCUCGAGAGGGUGCAGAUGGUGCUGUCCAAUAAAAGCGACGAGAUUAUGCAAAAGGAGUUGAUAUUUAACGCACAAGAAGCUAAAAGAAGGCAUUUAUGCACACUACUUUGGAUUUAUUGUUGUUUUGUAUUUGUACAUGCAUUUUACCUAGUGUUAUAUAAGUAAUUUGGGAUUGUUAUUAGUAGUUAUGUGUUUAGGUAUUUUGGAAAUUAUUUUGGUGUUUAUGCAAAGUUAUUUUGUGGAA